AUGAGCCUGGACGAUGUGCGGCUGCAGUGGCUGCGGGACCGAGUGCUCGCCGUCCUGGGGCUGACCGGUCCGGCGCCUUUCGAGGAGCUGCUGAACCGCGGCGACGGCCAGGCGGCACGGACUGUGCUGCGCUUUUUCGACCGCGGCACCGAGGACGGGGACAAUGAGAGCGAGGCGGGCACGGCGCUGCUGCUGCUGCGGGCCGAGCGGCGCGGCGAGGAGGCAGUGGAUACAGGUGACACAGAUGAGUUUGCAGAUGAGCAGCAGGAGGAAGGCCCAGAUAACAUGUUUCCUGAGCAGUUGGCUGAAACAGCCUUCUCUGUGGCGUUGGAAGGAAGGAUGGCUCAGAAAAGCAAGACAUCCCCUCUGCAAUCUACAGACAAUGAAAGUGUGACAGGUCACUUAUCAACUCUCUCUAGUGAGUCUGAAUUGAGUAAACUGGAGCAAAGAUUUACAACUGACAGUAUGGAACACACAUCGCAGCUACAAGAACAGAAAGUUGACAAAGUGUGUUUCUACGUGGCUCUCGAUGAAAUUCCUGAAGAAUUUGUGACAGGAUUUACUGUAUAUUUUCUGAGAGAUACCAAAGAAAGAGUUACUGAACCUAAUGACCUGACUGAAGCUAUUGAGGUUCUUCCUAAAGUGAUAAAGUUUGGUGUACUGACUGGUGAUACUCUUUUGAUGCUAAAGAAUGCCAUCUCACAGGUGUUUUCACCAGCUCUCUCCCAUAGUCAGCAGCAGACUGAGGAAACUUCCCUUCAUCCAGAUAGUGAAAACACAGAUUCUGAAAAAAGGAAUUUACCUGAGACUGAGCUUGCAGAAAAGAAAGAACAGCCUGUGGAAUACUGUAAUAUUCACAUGAGGAAUAAGAGUCAAAUGAACAGGCAAAAAUUCUUAAGUGUUACUCAGCAGACUAUACAACAAACUGAAGGAGAUACUAAACUGGAGAUGCCAACUAUAAAUCUAGAUGGAGAAGUGACUGUUCUUGCCACAGUUCCAGAAGUGGUUGAAGCUCUGGAAAGUUGUGCAAUGACCUGGCAGAAAUUAAUAUCCACAGCUCUAGAGGAACAACUGAAAAAGGUUCCACAGGGUAAUGGUCCACUUGCAGAAGUUGACCUCUGGCGUGAAAGAAAUAGUACUUUAAGUGCUCUUACUGAACAGAUAAAGCUUCCAGAAGUGCAAAAAGUCUUGGAAAUAUUACAGGAAGCUGAAUCUGAGCAUAGUGGAGAUUUACAGAUAGUCUUAAGUGACCUCAGAAAACAUCAUGUGGAAGCUCUAGAUAAUGUCAAGUUUCUUUCAACUCUCGAACGCCAUUUAAAGAAUUUAACAUACGGCACCGGGUUUAAUGUUGUCUUGGAUACAAUUCCUUCACUGAUGAAUGCCCUGAGAAUGGUAUGGCUUAUCUCACGGCAUUACAACAAGGAUGAACGGAUGGUACCCCUUAUGGAACGAAUUGCCUGGGAAAUUUCAACAAGAGUGUACAAAGUUGUGGAUUUACACACACUGUUUAAAGAAGAUAGAGCUGCUGCAAAAAAGAAAAUAGCAGAAGCCAAAAGCACUCUUGAAGAAUGGAAGAAAUGUUACUUUGUUGUUCGUGCCCAAAUUGAAGCAUCAGGAAGAGAGCAACACUGGGAAUUUGACCGAAAAUGUUUAUUUGAAAAAACAGAUUAUAUGACUUCAGUCUGUCAAGAUCUGUAUGAUAUUUUGCAGGUUAUUGAAGAGUUUUACAAUAUAUUUGGUCCUGAACUGAAAGCUGUCACAGGGGAUCCAAAACGUGUUGAUGAUCUACUGAGAGGAGUAAAUGGACUAAUUAGUCCUAUGGAAGAACUGACUUUUGACCCUUUUAGCAUCAAAAGUGCACAUGACUGGAAAUUAAUUAUGGAAGAAUUUAGAGAAGAAGUUUCAGUUAUUGAAGAAGAGACCAAAAACUUUAUUGAUGAAUCUUUUAAGACCCUUCGAUCAGCAGAAGCUGCAUUGGACAUGCUGUUAAACUUCAAACACAUCCGCUCUCGAGAAACAAUUAAUAAGCAGAUGAUGAUGAAGUUCAAUGAUAUUUUGGACCAAUACUGUAAAGAGGUAAAAAAUGUUAAGCAAAUCUUUGUUCAGAACCUCAAGGAUCCACCUUUGUACAAGAAUCAUCCUCCAGUGGCUGGAGCAAUAUACUGGUCCCGAUCUCUUUUCUAUCGGAUCAAACACACUAUUAUUCGAUUUCAAGAAGUAGAGGAGUUGCUUGCUGGUGAACGUGGAAAGGAAGUAAAACAAAUAUAUCUUCAAGUGGCCAAGAGGAUGAAAGAAUACGAAGACCAAAAAUAUAAUCAGUGGAGAGAUGGGACAGAACAGAUGCUCCCACUGUUGCUGAAAAAUACUUUGCUGACUGUCAUCACUGGUGGGGCUGCAACCCAUGUUAAUCCAGAGACUUUUGAGCAGAGCUCUGUAACAGAGGAGCCUGUCACCACAAAGAAAAAUGUUCGCUUCAUAGUGAAUUUUUCUCCCAUACUCCAAGAGAUUAUCAUUGAAACAAAGUACAUGGAACAACUAGGGUUUCCAGUCCCAGAAAUAGCAAGAUAUGUGGCAUUACAGGAAGAAAAAUAUCUUAGGUAUACAAAUAGAUUGAAAAACAUGCUGGAUCACUAUCACAAAUUAAUGGGAACACUGAAUGAAGCAGAAACCAAACUUCUUGAUGACCAUAUUCAAGAACUGUGGAGAGUAUUCAAAUCAGGGCACAGAAGACUUAAUUGGAACUCCUUAGGUAUUGGUGACUUUAUUGUCCGAUGUAUGCGAGCCAUCAGAAAGUUUGAAUCACUUGUCCAUCAGAUUCAUAAUCAUUCUGAAGACAUAAGCAACAAACUUCUGUUCAUAGAAUCAACAAAUCUCUUUAAGUUUCCGCUUUCAAAAAAUGGUGAUGAGCUUCCUGAAGCGAAAGAAUUUUUUGAGUAUGUUAAGUGUGAAAGAGCAAAAGAUGUGGCACACAUGGUUAGAAAGUAUUCUGCAAUUCCACAAUUGCUAAUAAAAGUGGAAGGACGAGUUGCCAAUACAAACAGUGGCAAAUCUCCAAAAUUAACUUCCUAUUAUGCAUACUGGGAAAAUAGAAUUUAUCAGGUGUUGACACAGUUAAUUGUGAAGAAUUUGCAGGCUUUUAAUGCAGCUGUUCUUGCAAAUGUGCCACUGUUCCAAACAGAAGCUAUUUUAUCUAUUCCUGAGAUAAUCUUGCAACCUAAUGCAAGUGAGAUUGACAAGAUGACUGUACAAUGUAUCCGAGACUGUGUUGAGGUCACUAAGCAUUUUGUACGAUGGAUGCAUGGUACAUGUCUUGAAUGCCCUCCUCAGCAUGUUGACGAAGACGAAUCAGCUUUCAGCUUUUACAGUGAUGUCUCCCAGAACCCUCUGAUAAUUGAACAGGCUGUUCUCAUCACUCAGAAUGUCCACAAACUCAUGGCUUCUCUCAGUAAGUAUUCAAACCAAUGGAAGAGGUACCACCUGCUGUGGAAAUUAGACAAAGGCACAGUCAUGGAGAGGUUAGCUGCAGAAAAGCCUACCUGUAUCACCUUUGAUGAAGAGUUGCAGUUCUAUAUGAAGGUAGCUCAAGAAGUGACUCAACAGCCCUUGAUUAAAGAUGAGCAAUUUAUCAGGCUUCAGCUGUCUCCUUUAGCCUACACGGUGCAGGAGAAUGCUAAAGGCUGGGUGAUUUCACUUGGAAAGUUGCUUAAUGAGUCUGCAAGAGAGGAACUCUUCAGUCUUCAGGAGGAGAUUCAGAGAUUAUCACAGAGUCUUAAGAGACCUCCUGAUUCCCUGGAAGAUCUCAAAAUUGUCCUUGGCACAAUUGCGGAGAUCAAAGGCAUGUCCUUCAAGGUGGAACUGAAAUACUUGGACAUCUGGGAGAGAUACCGAACUCUUGCAAUGUACAAUAUUCCAGUAGCUAAAGAAGAGCAAGAGAUGGCUGACAAGAUUAGGGAAAAGUGGGAGACUCUCUUCUUUGAAGCAUCAGAAGUUGAUUGCAACCUUGGAGGCAUAAAAAGAACAUUCACAAAGAUUACACAGCAACAAAUUGGGGACUACAGCAAAGAGAUAGAAGAUUUCUUCCAUAAAUUCAUGACUGAGGGGCCUGGUGCUGUUGGGGAAAAUCUUGAUAAAGGAUUGGAACUCAUGGCCAUUUUUGAAAAAGAAGUGGAAAAACUGGAAAAAAAUCGUCAGGAACUGGGCAGUGUUGAGAAACUUUUUGACUUGCCAGUUACAGUGUACCCUGACUUAAUGAAAGCACAGAAUGAUAUGAAAAAUCUAAAGCAGAUCUAUGAAAUUUAUGAAUUACAAAGAGCAGCUAAAAAGGAAUGGUCUCAGACACUCUGGAUAAACCUCAAUGUCCAGCUUCUUCAGGAAGGAAUCGAAGGAUAUCUUAAAGCCCUUCGAAAGCUGCCCAAACAAGUACGCAAUAUGCCAGUAGCCUUUCACUUGGAAACAGAAAUGAAGGCAUUUCAAGACUCCAUUCCUUUGUUGCUUGAUUUGAAAAAUGAAGCUUUAAGAGAAAGGCAUUGGCAAGACCUUAUGGAGAGAACAGGAACAAGUUUUGAAAUGACAACAGAAACAUUCACUUUGGAGAAAAUGUUUGCUAUGGAACUUCACAGACACUCAGAUGUUAUCAGUGAAAUAGUUGGAACUGCUGUUAAGGAACUUAGCAUUGAGAAGGGUGUGAAGGAAAUAGCAGAAACAUGGGAACACCUGAAAUUCACUGUACAAAUGUACUUCAAAGGCACUGAGAAGCGAGGCUUUAUUCUGGGAUCUGUAGAUGAAAUUUUAGAGAUUCUUGAUGACAACAGUGUCAAUCUUCAGAGUGUUUUGAGCAGUCGAUUUGUGGGUCCUUUCCUUUCAACUGUUCACCACUGGGAAAAAACUCUGUCAUUGAUUGGUGAAGUAAUUGAGAUCUGGAUGGUGGUUCAGAGAAAAUGGAUGUACCUGGAGAGCAUCUUUAUUGGUGGAGAUAUCAGAUCACAGCUUCCAGAGGAAGCCAAAAUAUUUGACAGCGUAGACAGGAUGUUUAAAAAGAUAAUGGAUGAAACUGUAAAAGAACCAACAAUAAAAAAAUCCUGUGAAGCCCCAAAUCGUCUGUCAGACCUCCAUCAUAUAAAUGAUGUGCUGGAGAAAUGUCAGAAAAGCUUGAAUGAUUAUUUGGAUUCCAAGCGAAAUGCUUUCCCAAGAUUUUUCUUUAUAUCUGAUGAGGAGUUGCUUAGUAUCCUUGGCAGCAGUAACCCACUUUGUGUCCAGGAACACAUGAUAAAGAUGUAUGAUAACGUAGCCUCCUUGAGGUUUCAGGACGGUGAUAGUGAUGUGAAAAUUGCAACAGCCAUGAUUUCAGCUGAGGGGGAGGUGAUGGAGUUCCGGCAGGCUGUAGCUGCAGAAGGCAGAGUGGAGAACUGGAUGACAGCAGUGCUAGCAGAAAUGAGACGAACGAACAGACUCCUUACUAAGGAAGCUAUUUUUCGAUACUGUGAAGAUAGAAGCAGAGUUGAUUGGAUGUUACUCUAUCAAGGCAUGAUGGUGCUGGCUGCUAAUCAGGUGUGGUGGACUUGGGAGGUAGAGGAUGUCUUUCGGAAAGUGAAGAAGGGAGAAAAACAGGCAAUGAAACUUUAUGCUAAAAAAAUGCAUAAGCAAAUUGAUGACCUCGUUACCCGCAUUACAAUGCCUUUGAGCAAAAAUGACAGGAAAAAAUACAACACUGUUCUCAUUAUUGAUGUUCAUGCCAGAGACAUUGUUGAUACAUUCGUAAGAGACAGCAUUCUGCAGGCUCAGGAGUUUGAAUGGGAAAGCCAGCUGCGUUUUUACUGGGACCGAGAGCCAGAUGAACUGAAUGUGCGGCAGUGCACAGGCACAUUUUCAUAUGGUUAUGAGUAUAUGGGUUUGAAUGGACGUCUUGUGAUCACCCCGCUUACAGAUCGUAUUUAUCUUACACUCACACAGGCUUUAUCAAUGUUUUUGGGAGGAGCACCAGCAGGGCCAGCAGGUACAGGGAAAACGGAAACAACCAAGGAUCUGGCCAAAGCACUGGGCUUGCUGUGUGUAGUGACAAACUGUGGAGAAGGCAUGGAUUUCAAAGCAGUUGGUAAAAUUUUCUCUGGUCUCGCCCAGUGUGGAGCAUGGGGAUGCUUUGAUGAAUUCAAUCGUAUCGAUGCUUCUGUGCUUUCAGUCAUUUCUUCUCAGAUUCAAACUAUUCGAAAUGCUUUAAUGAAUCAGUUGAAAACAUUUCAGUUUGAAGGACAGGAAAUUACCCUUGAUAGCCGUAUGGGCAUUUUUAUUACGAUGAAUCCUGGUUAUGCUGGUCGGACUGAGCUCCCUGAGUCUGUCAAAGCUUUGUUCAGGCCUGUGGUUGUAAUUGUACCAGAUCUUCAGCAAAUCUGUGAAAUCAUGCUCUUUUCUGAAGGGUUCCUUAUGGCAAAGAUUCUUGCCAAAAAGAUGACAGUGCUAUACAAGCUGGCAAAGGAACAGCUUUCUAAACAACAUCAUUAUGAUUUUGGACUGCGGGCCCUUAAGUCAGUGUUGGUGAUGGCUGGAGAACUGAAAAGAGGAUCAGCAGACCUCAGUGAGGAAGUUGUACUGAUGAGAGCUCUACGAGACAUGAAUCUUCCUAAAUUUGUGUUUGAAGAUGUACCUCUCUUCCUUGGCUUAAUCUCUGACCUGUUUCCUGGCCUGGAUUGCCCUCGUGUCCACUACCCUAACUUUAAUGAUGCUGUAGAACAAGUGCUGGAAGAAGGGGGUUAUAUUGUUUUACCAGUCCAGGUGGAUAAAGUAGUUCAGAUGUAUGAGACAAUGUUAACUCGUCACACUACAAUGGUAGUUGGACCUACUGGAGGUGGCAAGUCAGUUGUCAUUAAUGCUUUGUGCCAGGCCCAAAAUAAGCUGGGAUUAUUGACAAAGCUUUACACACUGAACCCUAAAGCUAUGAGUGUGAUUGAGCUUUAUGGGAUCCUUGACCCUACCACACGAGACUGGACAGAUGGAGUCCUGUCAAACAUUUUUCGGGACAUCAACAGGCCUACUGACAAGAAAGAGCGAAGGUACAUUCUGUUUGAUGGAGAUGUGGAUGCUCUCUGGGUUGAAAACAUGAAUUCUGUCAUGGAUGACAACAAGUUAUUGACCCUGGCAAAUGGGGAGCGGAUUAGACUUCAGUCGCACUGUGCUUUGUUGUUUGAGGUUGGUGACUUACAGUAUGCAUCUCCUGCCACGGUAUCCCGCUGUGGAAUGGUCUUUGUAGAUCCUAAAAAUCUGAAAUAUAAGCCCUACUGGCAGAAGUGGGUCCAAGAAAGAGGAAAUGAGCAAGAGAGAAUUGAAUUGAAUCGUCUCUUUCAAAAAUAUGUGCCCUGCCUUAUUGAUAUGAUUGUAGAGGGAAUUGUGAAUGGCAGACAUGGAGAAAGGCUGAAGACCAUUGUUCCUCAAACAGAUUUAAAUAUGGUGGUGCAGUUGACUGUGAUGUUGGAAGCUCUAGUUGUGGUACAGCCUGAUGAUCCUGAUGUUCUGGAGUGUUUCUUCUUGGAAGCUUUGUAUUCCUCCUUAGGUGCUGCUCUUCUUGAAGCUGGGAGAAUUAAAUUUGAUGAAAAUGUUAAACGUCUUUCCUGCAUGUCUACUGUUCAUGAUGACAACAUCCUGGCUAAGCCAGGGGAGCUGCCAGGUCAGCUGCCAACUUUGUAUGACUUUCAUUUUGAUGGAUUUCAAAAAAAGUGGGUACCUUGGAUGAAACUUGUUCCUGAAUAUAUCCAUAAGCCUCAAGUGAAAUUUCUUGACAUUUUAGUGCCUACAGUGGAUACAACACGCACUACUUGGUUGCUAGAACAGAUGGUAAAAAUAAAACGCCCAGUUGUUCUUGUAGGUGAAUCGGGUACAUCUAAAACAGCAACUACACAAAACUUCCUAAACAAUCUGAACAAAGAGCUUAAUCUGCUGCUAGUGAUUAACUUUUCUUCUCGUACAACAUCAAUGGACAUUCAGAGAAACCUAGAGACAAAUGUAGAGAAACGAACUAAAGACACUUAUGGCCCUCCUAUGGGAAAACGUCUGAUUGUUUUCAUGGAUGAUAUGAAUAUGCCAAGGGUUGAUGAGUAUGGCACACAGCAACCCAUUGCCCUGUUGAAGCUGCUGCUAGAAAAAGGUUUCUUGUACAACCGUGGUAAGGAGAUGAACUGUAAACUUCUUCGAGACCUGGAUUUUAUUGCUGCCAUGGGGAAAGCUGGAGGAGGUCGGAAUGAAGUUGACCCUAGGUUCAUCUCACUCUUCAGUGUUUUUAACAUACCUUUUCCUUCUGAGCAAUCACUGAAUUUGAUCUAUGCCUCCAUCCUGAAAGGCCACACUGCGAUGUUUAAUGAGUCUAUAUCAACCAUCUCUGACAAGAUUACUGUGUGUACUUUGGAGCUUUAUAAAAGGAUUAUUUGUGACCUACCCCCUACUCCUUCCAAGUUCCAUUACAUUUUUAACCUGCGGGAUCUUUCCAGGGUCUAUAAUGGACUUGUUCUUACAACUCCAGAGAGGUUUCAAACAGUGACCCAGAUGGUGAGAGUUUGGAGAAAUGAGUGCCUGAGGGUUUUCCAUGACAGGCUGAUUAAUGAAGCAGACAAAGCAUUGGUACAAGGUCAUAUAAAAAACCUGAUUGAAGAGAAUUUCAGAGAUGACUUGGAGCAGGCCAUGAGGGAUCCUAUUCUUUUUGGAGAUUUCAGAAUGGCACUGAGUGAAGGAGAACCUCGUAUUUAUGAAGAUAUCCAAGACUAUGAUGCAGCAAAAGCUCUCUUUCAGGAGAUUUUGGAGGAAUAUAAUGAAGUUAAUACUAAAAUGAACCUGGUUCUUUUUGAUGAUGCUUUGGAGCACUUAAUCCAUGUACAUCGCAUCAUACGGAUGGAUCAUGGGCAUGCCCUGCUUGUAGGAGUGGGAGGGUCAGGAAAACAGUCUCUAACGAGACUGGCUGCCUAUACAGCUAGAUAUGAGGUAUUUGAGAUCAUCUUGAGUCGAGGAUACGGAGAAAAUAAUUUCCGAGAAGAUUUGAAGAAUUUGUACCUGAAGCUGGGUAUUGAGAACAAGUCAAUGGUCUUCUUGUUUACAGAUGCCCAUGUAGCAGAAGAGAGUUUCCUCGAACUCAUCAACAACAUGUUAACUUCAGGAAUGGUGCCAGCCCUUUUUCCAGAUGAUGAAAAAGACACCAUACUAAGUCAGAUCGGAGAUGAAGCUACUAAAGCUGGCAUGAACCCAGCUAAAGAGAGUGUCUGGCAAUAUUUUGUAAACAAAUGUGCAAGCAACCUUCACAUUGUCCUGGGAAUGUCCCCAGUUGGGGAAAGUCUGAGAACGUGGUGCAGAAAUUUCCCAGGUCUUGUCAACAACACUGGUAUUGACUGGUUCUUGCCCUGGCCCCCCCAGGCCUUGUAUGCAGUUGCACAAUCCUUUGUUGGAAAUAGCACACGCAUCCCAUCAGAGAGCUCCAAGUCAGUGAUUGAGCACAUGGUCAUGGUGCAUGAAUCUGUAGGGGAUUUCAGCAAGAGAUUUCUGCAGAAACUGAGACGUAGAAACCAUGUUACACCAAAGAAUUACCUUGAUUUUAUCCAUACUUACUCAAAAUUGCUGGAGGAGAAAAACGAGUUCAUUUUAGCACAAUGUAAACGGUUGGAUGGGGGCUUAGUUAAACUGAAGGAAGCUAGUAUACAGCUGGUUGAGCUGAACAAGAAACUUGCUGAGCAAAAGGUUGUGCUAGCAGAAAAAUCAGCUGCUUGUGAGGCUUUGUUACAAGAGAUUUCAGCAAACACAGAAGUAGCUGAGGAGAAGAAAAAACUGGCUGAAGAAAAAGCUGUGGAGAUACAGGAACAGAAUAAGAUUAUUGCUACGGAGAAGGCAGCUGCUGAGACAGCUUUGGCUGAAGUCAUGCCUAUUUUAGAAGCUGCCAAACUGGAGCUUCAGAAGCUUGACAAGUCUGAUGUUACUGAGAUCAGAUCCUUUGCAAAACCCCCUAAGCAGGUGCAGGCUGUUUUGGAAUGUGUUCUUAUAAUGAGAGGUUACAAAGAAUUAAACUGGAAGACAGCCAAAGGAAUGAUGUCUGAGGCAAAUUUCCUGCGAUCCCUGAUGGAGAUAGAUUUUGAUGGAAUUACUCAGAGCCAAGUGAAGUCUGUCCGAGCUCUGUUAAAGAAUCUUAAUACUACCAUGAAUGAAAUGGAACUUGUUAGCAGAGCAGGACUGGGAAUGUUAAAGUUUGUUGAAGCAGUGAUGAGCUACUGUGAUGUAGUUAAAGAAGUCAAGCCGAAGAGAGAAAAGGUGGCUAGGCUAGAACGGAACUAUUACUUAAGUAAGCGGGAACUGGAAAAGAUAAAGGCUGAGUUGGCUACCAUUCAGGAUGAGCUUAAAGCUUUGGGGAACAAAUAUCAAGAGGCAAUAAAAGAAAAGCAACAGUUACAAGAAGAAGCAGAGAUUAUGCAGAGAAGAUUAGAUGCUGCUGACAAGCUCAUCUUUGGCUUGAGAUCUGAGAAUAAGAGGUGGACAAAGGAAUUAGAGGACUAUGAAAUACGAAAGGUGAAGUUGCUUGGAGACUGUCUACUCUGUGCUGCCUUUCUGAGCUACGAAGGAGCGUUCAACUGGGAGUUUCGUAAUGAAAUGAUUUAUCAAGUGUGGCAAGAAGAUAUCCUCUCACGAAAGAUUCCUCUCAGUCAACCAUUUAGGUUAGAAAGCCUCCUGACCAAUGAGGUGGAGGUUAGCAGGUGGGUUUCCCAAGGAUUGCCUCCAGAUGAGCUCUCUAUCCAGAAUGGCAUCCUGACAACAUAUGCGAGCCGCUUCCCACUCUGUAUUGACCCACAACAACAGGCAUUACAUUGGAUUAAGAAGAAGGAAGAAAAAAAUAACCUGAGGGUGGCUUCCUUUAAUGACCCAGAUUUCCUCAAACAACUAGAACUGGCCAUAAAGUAUGGAAGCCCUUUCUUGUUGCAUGGUGUUGAUGAAUACAUUGAUCCUGUGAUAGACAAUGUCUUAGAGAAGAAUAUCAAAGUUGCACAGGGGCGAACAUUCAUUGUCCUGGGUGACAAAGAGGUUGACUAUGACAAUAAUUUUAGAUUGUACCUGAACACCAAAUUGUCGAACCCAAAGUAUUCUCCCUCUGUGUUUGGCAAAGCUAUGGUUAUCAAUUACACAGUUACACUAAAGGGCCUAGAGGAUCAGUUGCUCAGCGUCAUUAUGGGUUUUGAAAGAAGGGAACUGGAAGAACAGAGAGAACAUCUCAUCCAGGAGACAAGUGACAACAAAAACUUGCUGAAAGAUCUGGAAGACUCUCUCCUUCGGGAACUGACAUCUUCCACAGGAAACAUGUUGGACAACUUGGACUUGGUGCAAACCCUGGAAGAGACAAAAUCCAAAGCUACUGAGGUGAUUGAAAAACUGAAUCUGGCUGAGAUGACAGCGGUGGAUAUUGAUCACCUUCGAGAUGGCUACAGACCAGCUGCCAGGAGGGGGGCCAUUUUAUUCUCCGUUUUGUCUGAAAUGGCACUUGUCAACUUCAUGUAUCAGUACUCACUGGUCUCCUUCUUAGAGGUUUUUGGACUCUCUCUUCGGAAAUCCAUGCCUAGUCCUAUUCUUCUGAAGAGGUUAAAAAACAUCAUGGAUACACUGACUUUCAACACCUAUAACUAUGGCUGCACAGGCUUGUUUGAGAAGCAUAAGUUACUAUUCUCCUUUAAUAUGACUGUCAGGAUAGAACAAGCUGAUGGCAGAGUUCCACAAGAAGAACUCGAGUUCUUUCUGAAAGGCAAUAUUUCCCUGGAGAAGAGUGCACGAAAGAAACCGUAUGCUUGGCUUCCAGAUCAAGGCUGGGAAGACCUAAUUCGCUUGUCUGAACUAUUUCCUGAGAAAUUUGAAUCUCUUCCAGAUGAUGUGGAAAAAAAUCCAGAUGUAUGGAAAAAUUGGUAUGAUACAGACGCUCUGGAGCAGAUGCCAUUCCCCAUGCAGUACCAGAACAAUCUCACGAACUUUCAGAAGCUCCUACUUUUACGGUGUUUCCGGGUGGACCGGCUAUAUCGGGCAGUAACAGACUAUGUUACUCUGACAAUGAGUGAGAAGUAUGUGCAGCCCCCUGUGAUCAGCUUUGAAGCUAUCUUUGAGCAGAGCAGUCCUUACUCACCAGUUGUUUUUAUCUUAAGUCCUGGUUCUGAUCCUGUCAGUGACCUCAUGAAACUGGCCGAGAGGACAGGCUUUGGAGGGGAUAGACUCAAAUUCCUAGCCAUGGGACAAGGCCAAGAAAAGAUUGCUUUGCAGAUGCUGGAGAAUGUAGUGGUUUGUGGAGAGUGGCUAAUGUUGCAGAACUGUCACCUUUUGGUGAAGUGGCUUAUCAAUUUGGAAAAGGCCCUGGAGAAAAUUACAAAGCCUCACCCAGACUUUCGCCUCUGGCUGACUACUGACCCGACCAAGGGCUUCCCAAUUGGAAUACUGCAGAAGUCGUUAAAGGUUGUGACAGAACCACCUAAUGGUCUGAAACUGAAUAUGAGAGCCACCUACUUCAAAAUUCCCCAAGAAGCCUUAGAGCAGUGCCCACAUCCUGCCUUUAAAUCCUUAGUCUAUGUCUUGGCAUUUUUCCAUGCUGUGGUUCAGGAGAGAAGGAAGUUUGGGAAGGUUGGCUGGAACAUACCAUAUGAUUUUAAUGAAUCUGAUUUCCAGGUCUGCAUGGAAAUUCUUAACACAUAUUUGACAAAAGCUUUCCAACAAAAUGAUGAUAAAAUCCCAUGGAGCAGUCUCAAAUAUCUUAUUGGUGAGGUCAUGUAUGGUGGGCGCGCCAUUGACAGCUUUGAUCGUCGCAUUCUGACCGUCUAUAUGGAUGAGUACCUUGGUGAUUUCAUAUUUGACACAUUCCAAACGUUUCAUUUUUAUAAAAACAACAAGGUUGAUUAUAAAAUUCCACAAGGGACUGUAAAAGAUGACUUUGUUGAGGCAAUAGAAUCUCUGCCGCUUGCUAAUACUCCAGAGGUAUUUGGUCUUCAUGCAAAUGCUGAGAUUGGGUAUUAUACACAGGCAGUUCGUGAUAUAUGGUCUCGUCUUCUUGAGCUGCAGCCACAAACGGGUGAAACUGGUACAAGAAUUAGUCGAGAUGAAUACAUCGCAAAUGUUGCUAAGGAUAUAGAAAACAAAAUACCGCAAGUAUUUGAUCUUGACCAGAUACGGAAGGGUUUUGGACCAGACAUAACCCCUACAACUGUGGUGCUGUUGCAGGAACUGGAACGCUUUAAUAAGCUGAUCAUUCGAAUGGCAAAGUCAUUGGCUGAACUGCAGCGUGCCUUGGCUGGGGAAGUUGGAAUGAGCACCGAACUGGAUGAUGUGGCUCGUGCUCUCUUUAACGGACAGAUUCCUGGAAUCUGGCGGCGGCUGGCCCCCGACACACUCAAAACACUUGGAAAUUGGAUUAUUUUCUUUAGAGCUCGGUAUAACCAGUACACCAGCUGGGUUAACGAGUGCGAGCCAAAGGUGAUGUGGCUCUCAGGCCUGCAUGUUCCAGAAGCUUACCUGACAGCUCUUGUUCAAGCCACCUGCAGGAGAAACAAGUGGCCCCUGGAUCACUCCACCCUCUACACCGAGGUAACCAAGUACAGGACUGCAGAAGAGAUCACCGAAGGGUCUAUUCAAGGCUGCUUUGUUUCUGGUCUGUUUCUGGAAGGAGCAGACUGGGAUGUAGAGCACAGCUGUCUUACCAAAAGCCAGCCCAGAGUCCUGGUGGUGGAGUUGCCCAUUGUGAAGAUAAUCCCCAUUGAAGCGCGCAGGCUCAAACUCCAGAAUACCCUCCGGACGCCUGUGUACACAACCUCCCAAAGAAGGAAUGCAAUGGGCGUUGGCCUUGUUUUUGAAGCUGAUCUUUACACCACAAAGCACAUUUCCCAUUGGGUCCUUCAAGGCGUUUGUCUCACCUUGAAUGCAGACUGACACUCUAGAGUUGGCAACCCUUUGGGGAGGUGGGGGGGGGGGGGGGGGGGGGGGGGGGGAAGUCAAACUAGGCAGAAAUUCAGCACCACAGGUGGGGUAGUGUUCACUUACGCACACCUGACUUUAAAUAGUAUGAUAUAACCAAGCUAGUACUGUCAUCAAUAAACACAUUUGAAGAG